CGUGCAGCUGCUGGAACGUGAGUGUAGGGGACACUUCCCCACCCGACGCGAUGAAUAAUAGGGCCCGAUUAAUGGUUGCGAAGAGAGCGAUCACGUGGAGACUGUACUACACGAUAACAGAAGCACGCCAUGAAGACUGCUCGUCUUCCAUCACUGCUCGAGCUUCUCCAUGCUGAGUAAGAGUUGACCAACCCCGGAGCUCGGGGGAUGUGAUGACUUCUAUAUAUAUAUGUGCCUCCUCUAUUCCAUCUCAUGCCAUAGUGAGACCAUCGUCCUUCAUAUUCCGUUUGUCUGAUUGAUUGUUCGACAUAACAAGAUGGCAAACGACCUCCACAAGCUGGCCCUCAAGUUGGCCAAAGACGGGCCUGUCAAAACGCUGCCAACUCCUCGUAGACUACAACUGCUCUUCAACGGCGUCACCAUCAUCUCCACUACCCGUGCCAUCUUCGUCUGGGAGCACCCCUACUACCCUCAAUACUACAUCCCCAAAGAAGACCUAACCAAACUCCACUCCAACAAAUCCGCCACCCUCUCAGAAGACUCGCAAAUCCGCGACCCAAGCGGCACCCACAUCGCAACGCAAUACAAACUCCAAAUCGGCGCCCGCAGCACCACGCAAAUCCUCGCCUUCGCCCCCAAACUCCCGCACCACCCCGCCGCCGCCGCGCUCCAAAACCUCGUCAAAUUCGCCUUCGAAAGCGUCGACGCCUGGUUCGAAGAGGACACGCGCAUCUACGUGCACCCCAAAGACCCCUUCAAGCGAGUGGACCUGCUCUUCUCCCGGCGUCCCAUUCGCGUCAGCGUCGACGGCCACGAAAUCGCCUCGAGCCAGACAUCCGUCCACUUGUACGAAACCGGCCUGCCAGUGCGGUACUACCUCCCUCUCACGUCAGUCGAGCAAUCACUCCUGCGAGACAGCGAGACGGCGACGUCGUGUCCCUACAAGGGCGAUUCGCAGUACUACCACGUCGAGAUUGGCGGCAAGAAGUACGAGAAUCUGUUUUGGUAUUACAAGUUUGCCACGCUCGAGUGCACGCCGAUUGCGGGCAUGGUGUGUCCGUACAACGAGUUUGUGGACAUUGAGCUUGACGGGGAGCUGCUGGAGCGGCCCAAGACGCAUUUCAGCAAUACGAAUGUGAAUAAGAAGCCGUCGGCCGUUUGAGGGAUGGAGGUGAUUAGUAAGGGUUGCUUUGGAGCAGGAGGUGUGUUCACGACGGUGAAAACGCAUCAGUUUCGUAUGUAGGGAA